CCAGUAGAUAAAGAUAUAUUAUUUAAAGUUUGUGAACGUGGUACAUUAGACGAAUUAAAAUCUAUUUUAUCAGAUAAAACAAUUGAUAUAAAUAGUACAGCCAUGUUUGAUUGUAUUAGAUCGGGUAUUCAAACUGUGGAGAAAUUAGAAUUAUUGAUAUCAUAUGGUGCUAAACUUGAUGUUCAAAAUAUGUUUGGUUAUAGUUUAUUACAUGAGGCGUGUGGGUAUGGAUGUGUAGAAACUGUUAAAUUGUUGUUAAAUACAGGUAGGAUAGAUAUAGAGAGUAAGGGUUGGUGUGAUAAUACUCCAAUACUUGUUCACGUAGACAACCUGUAGAAAAACUAGAAUUAUUGAUAUCAUAUGGUGCUAAACUUGAUGUUAAAGAUGGGGAUAGUAAUAGUUUAUUACAUGCAGCGUGUGAGUAUGGAUGUGUAGAAACUGUUGAAUGGUUGUUAAAUACAGGUAGGGUAGUUAUAGAGAGUAAGAACAAUGAUGUUAGUACCCCAAUACUUGGAGCUAUACAUUCACGUCAACAACCUGUAGAAAAACUAGAAUUAUUGAUAUCAUAUGGUGCUAAACUUGAUGUUAAAGAUGGGGAUAGUAAUAGUUUAUUACAUGUAGCGUGUGAGUAUGGAUGUGUAGAAACUGUUAAAUGGUUGUUAAAUACAGGUAGGGUAGUAGAUAUAGAGUGUAGGGAUGUUUAUGGUGAAACCCCAAUACUUGUAGCUAUAGGUUCCAAUAAACAACCUGUUGAGAAACUAGAAUUAUUGAUAUCAUAUGGUGCUAAACUUGAUGUUAAAGAUAGGUAUGGUGAAUCUGAUAGUUUAUUACAUAUAGCGUGUUGGUAUGGAUGUGUAGAAACUGUUGAAUUGUUGUUAAAUACAGGUAGGGUAGAUAUAGAGAGUAUGAACAUUUUAAAUGAAACCCCAAUAUUUGUAGCUAUACGUUCAUAUGAACAACCUAUAAAGAAACUAGAAUUAUUGAUAUCAUAUGGUGCUAAACUUGAUGUUAAAGAUGGGGAUAGUAAUAGUUUAUUACAUGUAGCGUGUGACUGUGUAUGUGUAGAAACUGUUAAAUUGUUGUUAAAUACAGGUAGGGUAGAUAUAGAGAGUAUGAAUAAUUAUGGUAAAACCCCAAUAUUUACAGCUUUACUUUCAGAUAAACAAUCUGUAGAGAAACUACAGUUGUUGAUAUCAUAUGGUGCUAAACUUGAUGUUAAAGAUAAGUAUGGUAAUAGUUUAUUACAUAAAGCGUGUGAGUAUGUAUGUAUAGAAACUGUUGAAUUGUUGUUAAAUACAGGUAGGGUAGAUAUAGAGAGAAAGGAUGAUGAUGGUCUUACCCCAAUACUUGUAGCUAUACGUUCAGAUAAACAACCUAUAAAGAAACUAGAAUUAUUGAUAUCAUAUGGUGCUAAACUUGUUGUUAAAAAUAGGUAUGGUGAUAGUUUAUUACAUGUAGCGUGUAAGUAUGGAUGUGUAGAAACUGUUAAAUUGUUGUUAAAUACAGGUAGGGUAGAUAUAGAGAGUAAGGAUAAUGAUGAUAAAACCCCAAUACUUGUAGCUAUGCGUUCACGUCAACAACCUGUAGAAAAACUAGAAUUAUUGAUAUCAUAUGGUGCUAAACUUGAUGUUAAAGAUAGGUAUGGUGAUAGUUUAUUAAUGUACAUGUAGCGUGUUGGUAUGGAUGUGUAGAAACUGUUGAAUUGUUGUUAAAUACAGGUAGGGUAGAUAUAGAGAGUAUGAACAUUUUAAAUGAAACCCCAAUAUUUAAAGCUAUUAUUUCCGAUAAACAGCCUGUAGAAAAACUAGAAUUAUUGAUAUCAUAUGGUGCUAAACUUGAUGUUAAAGAUUGGUAUGAUAAUAGUUUAUGUCAUGUAGCGUGUGAGUAUGGAUGUGUAGAAACUGUUAAAUUGUUGUUAAAUACAGGUAGGGUAGAUAUAGAGAGUAUGAAUAAUUAUGGUAAAACCCCAAUAUUUACAGCUUUACUUUCAGAUAAACAAUCUGUAGAGAAACUACAGUUGUUGAUAUCAUAUGGUGCUAAACUUGAUGUUAAAGAUAAGUAUGGCAACUAAUGAUGUACUUGUAGGAGAACUCAAAGAAGAUAAGUCUGUUUCAGAAUAUAGUGAAAAAGGGGGGACAAAUUUGAUCCAGAACAGUGGAGGAAACCUGUAUAGAUGUGAUAUUUGUAGUAAAUCAUUCACCACCAGUAGUAGUCUACAGAAACAUAUCAGAAUUCACACUAGUGAGAAACCUUAUAGAUGUGGUGUUUGUAGUAAAUCAUUCACCACCAGUGGUAGUCUACAGAAACAUAUCAGAAUUCACACUAGUGAGAAACGUUAUAAAUGUAAUGUUUGUAGUAAAUCAUUCACCACCAUUAGUAGUCUACAGAAACAUAUCAGAAUUCACACUAGUGAGAAACCUUAUAAAUGUAAUGUUUGUUGGAAAUCAUUUUCUACGAGUAGUACUCUACAGACACACAUUAGAAUUCAUACUGGUGAAAAACCCUAUAGAUGUGAUGUUUGUAGUAAGUCAUUCACCACCAUUAGUAGUCUACAGAGACACAAGAGAAUUCGUACAAGAGAUAAACCAUAUAAAUGUGAUGUUUGUUGUAAAUUAGUUAGAUUGAAAAGUUAUCUAAAAGUGCACAUGCGAACUCAUACUAAAGAAAAACACUACAACUGUAGUGUUUGUAGUAAAUCAUUCACCACCAUUAGUAGUCUACAGAAACAUAGCAGAAUUCACACUAGUGACAAACCUUAUAAAUGUGAUGUUUGUAGUAAAUCAUUUUCUACGAGUAGUAGUCUACAGACACACAUAAGAAUUCAUACUGGUGAAAAACCCUAUAAAUGUAAUGUUUGUAGUAAGUCAUUCACCACCAUUAGUAGUCUACAGAGACACAAGAGAAUUCGUACAAGAGAUAAACCAUAUAAAUGUGAUGUUUGUUGUAAAUUAUUUAGAUUGAAACGUUAUCUAAAAGUGCACAUGCGAACUCAUACUAAACUGUAGUGUUUGUAGUAAAUCGUUCAGUAAAAACAGUGCCCUAUUAAAACAUAUUAAGAGUCAUACAGUAGAAAAACUAGUGUGAUGUUUGUGGUAAGUCAUUUACACGGCAUGGAACCCCAACAGACAUCUAGUGUGAUGUUUGUAGUAAGUCAUUCACCCAGUCUGGAACCCAAGUGUGAUGUUUGUAGUAAGCCAUUCACCCAGUUUAGAACCCUAGUGUGAUGUUUGUAGUAAGUCAUUCACCCAGUCUGGAACCCAAGUGUGAUGUUUGUAGUAAGCCAUUCACCCAGUUUAGAACCCUAGUGUGAUGUUUGUAGUAAGUCAUUCACCCAGUUUAGAACCCAAGUAUGAUGUUUGCAGUAAGUCAUUCACUCAGUUUAGAACCCAAGUGUGAUGUUUGUAGUAAGCCAUUCACCCAGUUUAGAACCCUAGUGUGAUGUUUGUAGUAAGUCAUUCACUCAGUUUAAAACCCUAGUGUGAUGUUUGUAGUAAGUCAUUCACCCAGUUUAGAACCCUAUUGUGAUGUUUGUAGUAAGUCAUUCACCCAGUUUAGAACUCAAGUGUGAUGUUUGUAGUAAGCCAUUCACCCAGUUUAGAACCCUAGUGUGAUGUUUGUAGUAAGUCAUUCACCCAGUUUAGAACCCUAGUGUGAUGUUUGUAGUAAGUCAUUCACCCAGUUUAGAACCCUAGUGUGAUGUUUGUAGUAAGUCAUUCACCCAGUUUAGAACCCUAGUGUGAUGUUUGUAGUAAGUCAUUCACCCAGUUUAGAACCCUAGUGUGAUGUUUGUAGUAAGUCAUUCACCCAGUUUAGAACCCUAGUGUGAUGUUUGUAGUAAGUCAUUCACUCAGUUUAAAACCCUAGUGUGAUGUUUGUAGUAAGUCAUUCACCCAGUUUAGAACCCUAGUGUGAUGUUUAAGUGAUAGUCUACACACAUAAGAAUUAAAAUUUGAGAGAAACCUUAUAAAUGUGAUGUUUGUGGUAAAUCAGUCAGUCACAGCUGUUUGCUACAGCAACACCAGAUAUUAUAGCAGGGAUUGGAUGGCUGAAUAGUUAGCACGAGCGCGUUGUAUCAUAAGGUCUUUAUUGAGUCAACUGGCGUGGUUUCGAUUCCCAGUUGGUCACUGGUACAUGACAAGGGGUAGUAUAGCUUGUCCAACCUCGUGGGUUUUCUCCAGGUCCUCCGGUUUCCUCCCACUGCUAAAGACCCUACUUUCUGAUAUAACAACUCUUACUCUCACAACUCUUUGUAUCAUCCUUAUUGUGGGGGCUGUGGAGGGCGUCUCAUAAUUGUAAUAUGUAUGUAAUAAUAGUUGUACAGUUAUGUAUCCACCUGUAUUUUGAUAUAUAUAUACUAUUCAAAAAAAGUAGGGGAUAUUUGAUUUUUAAGUGUUAUUAAAGUCACCUAAUGAAACUGACGAAGAAACAAAUGACAAAAUGAAAUGAAGUUCACAUUCAUCGAUUUAUUCCAAAUGAUCAUUAGACUAAGUAAGGCACAGACUGACCAUUAUAAGGGUAAAAUGAUACCCGGGGUCAAACAGCAAAGUUACCACAGCAUCACAACCAAGUCAGUAACGGGUAAAUCCUUCUCUGUUUGCCAAACAAGCAUUGAUCCGACGUGGCAUACUCCUAAUGAGACGUCUAAGGUCAUUUUGGUCCAGAUUGUCCCAUUCCUGUUGCAACGCAGCAGCAAGUUCUUGGACAUUGGCAGGACGUUGUUGACGUUGACGUAACCUCUGUCCAAGCAUGUCCCAGACAUGCUCGAUGGGGGAGAGGUCGGGACUCAGUGCUGGCCAAGGUAAUGUGGUGAUGUUCUGUUGUUGGAGGUAACCUGUAACGAUCCUGGCCCUGUGACAUCUUGCGUUGUCAUCCUGGAAGAUGAAACGGCGGCCAUGACGUCGUGCGAACGGCACAACAUGGACUGCCAAGAUGUUGUCCCGGUAGUACUGGCCUGUAACACGCCCUGCAACAACAUGUAAAGCCGUUCUUCCAGCAACAGUGAUGCCUCCCCACACCAUAACAGAACCACCCCCAAAUCGAUCAUGUCUGAUGACGUUAACGUCUUGGAAGCGCUCGUUUCGACGACGCCACACCCUCCUACGUCUGUCCAAAAAAUCAACAGUGAACCUUGACUCAUCUGAAAACAUCACAUUGCUCCAGCGUCGAUUAUCCCAGUGUUGACGAUCCCUACACCAACGACGUCUUGCCUGAAUGUGAUGAUCUCUCAAACAAGGGAUCACGCGAGGACGUCGGGCGCGAAGGUGACCCCUAUGCAGUCGAUUCCAAAUCGUCUGGCCACUCACUCUCACACCAGUGUCUGUUUGAAGACGAGCGAUGAUCUGAUUUGCUGUGAUGACACGAUUUCUCAAGGCCAAGGUACGGAUAAAUCGAUCCUGGGCUUGAGUUGUCGCCCUUGGUCGACCUGAGCGUGGUCUGUCCUGUACAGAUUGUGUAUCACGGUAUCUGGACCAUAGCCUGCUUAUGACAGACUGAGAAACAUUCAUCGUCCGCGCCACAACCGCCUGUGUUGUGCCGAUCUGUAGCAUGCCAAGGGCACGUUACCUUUCAUUUUGGGUAAGCCGACGCAUAUCAAAAUUUGUUUUCUGGUCUCUAAAACAAUUAAACUGAUGUUUCCACCCUGGAAUUCAAUGCCACAAUGACUGUAACAUUCAAAGUCAGAGUCGUGCAAAUCUUGGGUUGGACCCCCAUGAUGAUCCCAAGCAUCACCUGCAUUCCAUGCGGUAGCUAUUGGUGCGUUUGGGCGUCACAUGUAACUGGAAAUGUUUCUUCUGUUAGGUUCUAUAGUGACUUUUUUCGUAGUCAUUUGCAUAUUUUAGUAUUAUGCCCCCAAAAUCAAAUAUCCCCUACUUUUUUUGAAUAGUAUAUAUGUUUAUAGUUAUGUAUGUAUGUACUGUACCUUUGUUUUAUGGUCGCCUGUCCAACCUUGUGAUUUUUCUCCGGGUCCUCUGGUUUCCUUCUACUACUAAAGACCCCUACGUUCAAGCGAAUUAUGGAAAUAAAAUUGAACCAUAUGUUAGUCCCAAAAUGACCUAGUUUGUGUCAAGUGGACGUUAAACCCCAUUUCUCUGUCUACUCAGUUUUUAGUAUAUCUAUAUUGUAAAUGAUCCAAUUACUUACAAAACAAUAAAUAUGUGACAGCCUCUGUGGAGUUUCUGUUUGGAUGACUUUGCAGCUGUGGCCUUAUGUUUUGUUUCCUGGCAACCUAUCUUUGUAAUAAAUGUUAAUUACUGCACCAUGUAUAAACCAAAAUGCACCAUUAAAUUUCUUGUAAAAAACCCAGUUAUUAUCAAGAUAUUUGUAUAUGCAUGUUUACAGUUGUACAUGUAUGAAUUUUAAUUAUUGUUUAAAUAAAUGUUCUGUCACAGUUAAUAUGUUAUUAAAAUUUUAGAUUUUCCUG